AUACUCCCAGAGAGUAUGAUUGGAUCAAAGAAAAAAUACAUUGCUCAUUAACUGGUGUUCUGCUGGAUUCAUUCUUCAUGGCGCCCUCCUUCCGGCUCUCUUCUGCACCCGAGUCGGCCGACGAAGCAACAGCUCAUAAGGAGAUAUACGACCAACUCCGACGAGUCGCAGAGACCUUUCCGUCGGCUCCCAGCCUCAUCGGCCUCCCGUGCAGCCGCCACCCGGACGGGUGGUACACGUUCACGAAUGGGGUUGUGAGCUCCAUGGUGAUCAAGGAGCACCUGACGGCGCGCGCCACCGACAUCUUCCUCACCACCUUCCCCAAGUCCGGCACCACUUGGCUCAAGGUGCUUCUGUACUCGACUCUCCACCGCGGAACUGACGAGCUGGUGGCGCACAGCCCGCACCAGCUCGUCCCUUUCCUCGAGUCCCAGGUGUUCGUCAAUGACCGGAUCCCUGACCUGAGCUCCUUAUCUUCGCCGCGGUUGUUUAUGACGCACAUCCCGUCCCAGUCACUGCCAAACUCCGUCGCUACAUCCGGUUGUAAGGUGGUGUACCUUUGUCGGGACCCCAAGGACUGCUUCGUCUCGCUCUGGCACUUUUGGAACAGGUUCAUGCCGUGGGACAUCGACGAGGCGCACCGGCAAUUCUGCGAUGGCGUCUCGCAGUUUGGGCCGUUCUGGGAGCAUAUCCUCGGCUACUGGAGGUGGCACGUCGAGAAGCCGAACCAGGUACUCUUCUUGACCUACGAGGAGCUCGCCGCCGACACACUCGGCCAGUUGAGACGCCUUGCCGAGUUUGUCGGAUGUCCAUUCACGACGGAGGAGCAGAAGCACGGGGUGGAUAGGAAUAUCGUGGAGGCCUGCGCAUUGGAGAACAUGUCCGGAUUAGAGGUGAAUCGGUCGGGAACGAUCACCAUAGUCGAUAGCACUGUCCCAAACAACACGUUCUUCCGGCGUGGCGUGGUCGGAGAUUGGAGAAACCACCUGACGCCAGAGAUGGCAAGGAGGAUUGAUGAGAUUACAAAGAGCAAGUUUAAAGGGUCUGGCUUGUUGUUACAUCCGCAGUUUUUACAAGUAAAAAGAGAAUAAAUUAAAACAAACUAGGAGUAUAUGUUUUUUCUUUCAAAAAAUAGUUUGUGUGCCGUUUUCGGUGUUUAAUAGAGAUACAAUCUCUUGCGUAUUCACGAGUGAAGAAAUACAUAUAUGUACUGGAAAUUUGUAAAUCAAAUCAUUGCAAGUAAUAUAAUAAAAUGUUGCCGGUUAGCCGUGAGUUGGGUUGUUA